AUGAACUUAGUUGUUGAUGACCACGGAAUCCACGUGGGUCUCAUAGUUGUCGUCGUCGUCCUUGGAGUGGUCGUAGUCGUCGUAGUCGUUGUAGUCGUUGUAGUCGUUCUCCUAGUGGUUGUUGGUUGCGGGGUAGUCGUUGUCGUAGUAGGAGCAGGCUUAGUUACUGGUGCUCUCAGAGACAACGUUGGACCAGGUGUGAUGGUAGAAAGCUGCACCUUAGUUGAACGUUCUGCAGUUCCUUCAAAACCUCGCUGUUUGAAGAUCAUAAUGGUAUCUCAUUCCAUAAUUUCCAGAGAAGUAGUGUUGCAACUUCUCGAAGUCAAUAGGAACAUAACCCUUUGGAUCUGGAUGUUUGGUGAACCACUUAUCACUUUUAAUGUCUUCUGGAAUUGA